AUGACUCAUAUAAAUCUAGUUCAAGAAGAAGUGGUAUUCUCAGAAGAAGACUGGUUAAGAAUCCCCGAUGAUCUGUCUUGCGCUUUGUGCGACAAUAUUGAUCAUGUUACAAUAAAUCUUCAAAAGUUAAGAUUGUUGCAAUUGACAUUGUCGACUCCAGCGGAUAAUACAACAGAUCUAUUUACUCGAACUGAACUAAGUGAGCUUAAUCCUGAGGAAAUUAUGACCAUCGAGAACAUAGCUGUCAGCCAGUCUUAUUUUCAAACUUUUAUCAUAUCAAAGCUCGGUGAGGGGUUGAACCUGUUCAAUAUUUCUUUGUCAGCGGAAAUGAAAAAUGGAGAAAUUGCAACGGUUCAGCUUACUCGCCUAAUCUGA